UAUCAAAUUUAGCCACGCUUACUACCUCUGAAUACAGUGGCGGACGUGUUUUGGAAGUAGCAUUUUGGUCGCAUCGAAUGAAACCAAUCCAGUAAUUAAUUAGAUUAAUUAGAUUAACCUUCAUUAGCAUCUCAUUAGCGAUAUUAGUCUUAGCUUCAUUCUACACUAGAGGCAGUAAAGGCAGUUUGGUCAGACCUAUGUCAGUCAAGCCUGGACCAAAUAAAUGCGUAAUAAGGAUAUACUUCUAGCACCUCACUGAACUUGUAGUUUGGCGGUGCGCUCUCCUUCUACAGUAUCUGAAGUAAACUCGAGCUGCGAAGACUACACAAAGCAGGAUUUUUUGAUUGAGCUGGCAGCUUUUUAAAGACUUGAGAGUUGAGUUGAGGAUGAAGAUAUGUAUGAAAAUAUUCAUCAUCCUUCUAUCAGUCAUAGUACUUCAUAUAGCAUACACUGAUAGUUGGGGCGUACGACUUCCUAGUCCUGGACGUAUAGUCAGGAGCACAGUGAGAGUAGUAAAAACUGGAGUGAGAAAAGUUGGAGAAGGUGCAAAAACUGCAGUGAGGAAAACUGGAGAAGGGCUUAAGAAAGCAGGUGAAGGAAUAAAAGAGGCAACGAAAGUUACUGGAAAACAUCUUUAUAAAGGAUUAAGAGCGACUGGAAAGGCUUUUAUCGCAAGCUCAAGCUUUGUUUCAGAUAUAUUAGAUCGAGUAAACAUAGUCAAGUUUGUUUGGAAAAAACUUGGAGGCUGUUGUACAUUUGACCGCUCAUUAUGUCGCGCCAAACGGGAAUACGAAAGGAUUCAGAAGAGAUUAAAAUAUUACAAUAAAGAUAUCGAUAAGAAAUGGAAUGAAGUUGAAAGAGUUUAUCAGUGGAUAAUAAAGAUAAAUGAAAAUGUGGAGGAUAUUGGUUAUCACGUAGAAAGAUUGACUUCCGGUCUUAAAGAUUCUGUGGAGCCGUUACAUCCUCCAAUGAUUGUUCAGUACAACAAUAAGAUGAAUUUGAUAAAGCAAGAUGUCAAGUGGAAGAAUUCAUCUGUUCUGCAUCUUACUCGGCAAGGAGUGACAACGUUAGUUCAGAUUGAAAUGGCCUGGCAAUGUCCUAAAGUUGCAAGUUCUGUUCGAAGUGGUUUAAAAGAUCUCAAAAAAGCCAGAGAUAAAUGUGUAGCCAUCUUAAGAGAAAGCAACGACUUGCUUCGCUUCUUUGCAAAGGGUUGGAUACAACUGAAGUCCGCGCUAUCAUCUCAAAAAUUGCGAACACAACUUGAAGAUAUCAAAGCUCUGUGUAAGGAUAUACAAAAUUCUGGAUGUGUGUCUACAAUUGAGAAAUACCUUCGUCAAAUAACGAAUGCAAAUUAUGGUGCAACGUUUGGACUGCAAGGGGAUAUUAUAAACAUUUUAACCGGGAUUAAAUAUACGUUCUCCUGUCUUAAAAGAAAGCAAAAUGUGAUUACAACAGUAACAGGACAUUGUAAAAAAGGAAAUGAAAAUUUUAAUACAGUAUAUCGUCAAGCUGUUCAGGAUUUCUUCCCAAACAAAGACCUGUGCACAGGACUCUCAGGCAAAGAUUAUACAACCAAAGAUAAUGUUUUGAAAUCAUUGCGUAUUUCGGCAUUUGAAGAAGGUUUUUAUUCCAGUUGUGAGUUGAAUAACAGAAAGGUUAUAACGAAAACAUGUUUAAACUACAGUACUCUGGCAAGUACGUAUGAUUUACCUCCACAAGAGAGUUCAAGACUUCUUCAAGAAUGUAAGAAACUUAUACCAGGUCGACUGGGUAAAGUUCGGUGUACUUCUACAACUUGUAAAAAUGGAGGCAAAUGUCAAGAAAAGCUGGGUGGGUAUGUAUGCGCGUGUGCCAAAGGUUUCGAAGGACAAGACUGUGAAAAAGACAAAGAUAAAUCUCGUCAAUGUCGACAACAUAUUUGCCAAAAUGGUGGAAGAUGUCAGCAAGAGCAAAAUUCUUACACGUGUUUCUGUGCUCAAGGUUUUGCAGGAAGACAUUGUGAAUCUAAAGCAGAUUAUCCUGCUUGUCGUUAUGGUAAUUGGUGGGGAAGUUUUGACAGAAAAGGAUGGUCAGUUUGUCCAUCAUCAGCGCCAUAUAUCGUUGGUUUAGAAAGGUCUAAAUCAGCAAGACCGCACAAUGACUUUAUUUAUCAUCUUGAAGCUGCUAGAUGUUGUCAAGGAACUAUUCCGUUUAUCAAUGAUAAUCAAGAUUGUGUUGUUGCUGACUGGGUCGGAAGUUUUGACAGAUCGAAAACAUGGAAUUUGUGUCCUCGUGGUUACUAUUUGGCCGGGCUUGAACGAAGUAAUGGUGGAAACCUGCAUAAUAUUGAGAAAGCGAGAUGCUGUAAACCAAGAACACAACCAUUUAUAUACAAAGAUUGCUAUAAAGAAAAUGUUUGGGCUAAAUUUGAUCAUCAUAGAAGUGGAAUGGUUUCUUGCACAAGAAAUGGAUAUUACAUUACUGGACUUUACCGAUCACAAUGUGAUUUACUUUACUGUAUUGAAGAAUUCAUGUGUUGUAGUAUGCUUUCGUCUGUUGAAGAUGUCAGAGUGUCAAAACUUCAAGUGCGGAGUGAAGGAUGCAAUGAUAAACACAAAACAGUACGAUGUGGUCUCGCUAUUAUUCGUAUCGAUGGGAAAGAUUAUUCUAAACAUGGUAGAGGAUAUAACUUUGUUGUCGUUGAUGGUUGGACAGGAAAGGUUGAAAAUGAAAUCUCUUUCGAUACCCACGCUAAUGUUAAAAAUGUUAACAAAAUGAUUAAAUUUUUGCAAGGAAUCGCGUCAAGUAAAAUAGUUCUCGCGGCAAUCCAAGACGAAGGAAAAGGAUCUAUGACUUCUGAAGCUUACAAAGCAUUACUUGCCAUUGGUGCUACAGAACCCAUGAAAAGAGAUUUUAGAGGUUCGUUUGCAUUAAUCGGAUUAACUGGAAUACCAAAGCCUGGAUUUGUCAAGCAAGUUGAUAAUUUUCAAGGCAAGGGACCAAGUAUAGUGGAAAGAUUAAUUACAGUUCCAUAUACAGUCUGCCCUAAUUCCCAUGAACUUGGUAUGAGAAAUGGUGAAAUACAAGAUUCUCAAAUCUCAGCAUCUUCGGAAUGGAGCCGAAAUACCGGAGCAAAUAAUGGCAGACUAUACUUCCGAGCACAACGUGGUAGGACUGGGGCGUGGUCAGCGAAGGUCAAUGAUGUACACCAAUGGAUACAGGUUGAUAUGAAAAAAAGCAUAGUAGUUCUUGCGAUUAAAAUUCAAGGCAGGGAGGAUUGUUGUAAUCAGUUUGUAAAGAGUUAUGCUGUGUAUUGGAGUAAUGAUGGAAGAAUAUUUCAUCCGUAUAAACAACACGGGCAAAUAAAGGUAUUCACGGGAAACAAAGACAAAGGUAGCGUGGAACAACAAAUAUUUUCUCCGCCAAUCAUUGCUAAAUCGUUCCGGAUUAAUCCCAGAUCAUGGAAUCAGCAUAUCUCGCUUAGAUUGGAGUUCAUUGGAUGUUAAAACUUUCUUCAGUACAGAUUAUGAGACCAGAAUGAUUGUUUGAAUAAUAUCUCGAAUAUGCAUGCAUGCUGGAGGUAUACUCAGCAUAAUAGGAUUAUUUACUCAGGAUAUUUGCAUCAUGACGGAUGGCACAGAACGUUCAUCAAUCAUCUUUGCAUUUUGAUUGUUUCUUAAACUGACUGAUGUUAUAAUAAUUUAAUUACUUUAUAUAUACUGAUAUUAUCAAUUUUUCAGUUAA